AUGAUCGUUCUGGACACAAGUGGUUCAGUUUAUAAGGCAUUUGCCGACGAACGCGAAUUCGCAAAAGGUCUCAUUCAAUCCAUCAACAGUUCGGCGUUUGUUGACGGAAGGCUUCAAGUUGGUCUGAUAAGAUUUUCUUCUGCACCAUCCAUUGUGAUUCCGUUCAGUAGGAAUCGUACACAGGAUGAAAUUGUUGAAAAGAUUUCCGAGAUUGAAUUCACUGGGCAGAGCACACGAAUAGCUGCAGCAGUUGAUUUAGCUAUUGCUGAGCUGGAGACAGCACGACGAAAGGACGCAACUCAGGUCUUCAUAUUGAUCUCCGACGGUCAUGGUCAAGAGUACUGGAGCGUAGUACAGGCCACUGGGAAGAAAUUGCAGAGUAUUGAUGCAGAAGUGUUCAGUGCGACAACAAGUCAAGAUUAUAAC